AUGGAGAGAGCUAGACAGGAGCCACCGCCUCAGCCGCAACAACUGCCGAAGGUUACCCCACCUCGCCCCUUGCGCCCAGCUCCGUCCCCGCUGCCUGUUGAGGGUACCUCCUUUCGAGCAGCGGCCGUCGAGACCCCUCCGUCGCCGCCCACCUCGUGCGCGGCCGCCAUUGCGACCAUGGCCUCAUCGUGUGGGGAGGCCCCGGCGUCGGGCACACAGCCCGUGGCGCUGCGUCUGCUGCAGGUGAAACCAGAGCAGGUGCUGCUGCUGCCACCGCCAGGGCCCCCACUGCCCCAGGCUCGGGAGGAAGUUGCCACCGCUUCUCCCGCGCAGGCCCGAUUGCUGCAGUUGAGGCCGGAGCUGCUGCUGCUGCCGCCGCCACCGCCCUCAUCUGAAGGCGCCCCCUGCAGGCUCGAAGCGCACCGGGCACAGCCCAGAUCUCUGCAAGUCAAGGCCGAGAAGCAGGAGCCCCCGCCCGCCUUGGAACCGUCGGCGGGGCCUCAGAGACCCGUGGAGACGGGAUCCAGGCCUUCCAGAGUGGCUAACGUGGAAGGCUCGGGGCCGGCCGCCGACAGUCACGGAGGGGAAGAAAAGAAAGGCAAGUCGGAGGUGGAGGAGGCCAUAAGAGACCCAGGGAAAGGAGGCGAAGGUAAAAGCCUGGCGACCAUCAGAGAAGGAGUCAUCAAAACCGAGGAACCCGAGAGACUCCGCGAGGACUGCAGGCUUGGUGUGGAGCCCGAGUCCAAUGACUUGGUCCAUGGCAGCAAGGAGAUCAUUCUGGCCCAGCCAACCAGCACCUUUGGGCCGCAUCAGCAAGACAUCCGGAUCCCCUUAACCCUCCACACCGUCCUCCCUGGGGCCCGGAUCCAAUUUCAGGGACCUCCACCUUCAGAGCUGAUCCGAUUGACCAAGGUCCCCUUGACACCAGUGCCUAUUAAAAUGCAGUCCUUAUUGGAGCCUUCUGUAAAAAUUGAAACCAAAGAUGUCCCGCUCACCGUGCUUCCCUCAGAUGCAGGAAUACCAGACACUCCCUUCAGUAAGGACAGAAAUGGUCAUGUGAAGCGACCCAUGAAUGCAUUUAUGGUUUGGGCAAGAAUCCACCGGCCAGCACUAGCCAAAGCUAACCCAGCAGCCAACAAUGCAGAAAUCAGUGUCCAGCUUGGGUUAGAGUGGAACAAACUUAGUGAAGAACAAAAGAAACCCUAUUACGAUGAAGCACAAAAGAUUAAAGAAAAGCACAGAGAGGAAUUUCCUGGUUGGGUUUAUCAGCCUCGUCCAGGGAAGCGAAAACGCUUCCCUCUAAGUGUUUCCAAUGUAUUUUCUGGUACUACACAGAAUAUCAUCUCUACAAAUCCUACAACAAUUUAUCCUUAUCGCUCACCUACCUACUCUGUGGUUAUUCCCAGCCUACAGAACACCAUCACUCAUCCAGUUGGUGAAGCCACACCUGCCAUCCAGCUGCCCUCACCUGCAGUCCAGCGCCCAAGCCCCAUCACACUUUUCCAGCCCAGUGUCUCCAGUGCUGCCCAGGUGGCCAUCCAGACUCCAAGUCUCCCCCUCCGUCCAGCACUCCCAUCCCAGCGUUUUGCUGGGCCCUCCCAAACGGACACUCAUCGGCUGCAUUCUGGAGCUAGUCGGUCUAUGAAGAGACUCACCCCUGUGUGUCUGGAGAGUACCAACAGGAUUUCAACCAGUGCAAGUACUGCCCAUGCCAGAUUUGCAGCCUCAACCAUCCAACCUCCCAAGGAGUAUCCCGGUGUUUCUACUUGUCCCAGAAGUGCUCCAAUCCCCCAGGCUCCUCCCAUUCCACACUCACAUGUCUACCAGCCCCCUCCCCUGGGCCAUCCAGCCACAUUGUUUGGGACACCACCGAGAUUUUCUUUUCAUCAUCCCUACUUCUUACCUGGACCUCACUACUUCCCAUCAAGCACAUGCCCUUAUAGUCGGCCUCCCUUUGGCUAUGGAAAUUUUCCAAGUUCAAUGCCAGAAUGCCUUGGGUAUUAUGAAGACAGGUACCAGAAACACGAAGCUAUGUUUUCAGCUUUAAAUAGAGAUUAUCCUUUUAGAGACUACCCGGAUGAACGCACACACAGCGAAGCCUCUCGGAGUUGUGAGAGCAUGGAUGGGAACUCGUACUAUAACAGUCAUAGCCACAGUGGGGAAGAAUAUUUAAAUCCCAUGCCACAAUUGGACAUGGGAGCCUUGGAGAAUGUCUUCACAGCCCCAACAUCAACUCCCCCGAGCAUCCAGCAAGUCAAUGUUACUGACAGUGAUGAGGAGGAAGAAGAAAAAGUGCUCAGAAAUUUGUAAUUGAAAAGUAAAUAUACGCAGAAAAUAAACAUUUCUUAAAAUCUAUUUUGGGUCAGUUGGUGUGAGGAAAAAAAAGCUUAAAAUGCUUUUCUAAAAGUUUUCAGCCAUGAUUUGAGGAAUCAAAACCAAAUGCAGUUUUUAUCUUUAUAGAGUUUUGAUUAGUG